AGAGAGAGAGAGAGAGAGAGAGAGAGAGAGAGAGAUGAUUCGCUCACGCCCUUUUACACCUUCCAGCGUCACUAGACACCCUUGAAUCUCAUGCAAAGCUCAAAUAAUCAAAACUAAGCCUGACUGAGCAUUUAACUCGCCUUUGUUUCCAUAUCUUCUUAUAAAAGACUGACAAUGAGCAGCCGGCGGCGACGAUGCAAGCGUCAGUUGAUCAAGUUCACUCAGCAUAUUGCUCGAUUGAUCACAGGAACUCUAAACUCAGAUAAUGAGGAUGAAGACCAGGAGAGCACAACGGAGCAGUACCACCGCGAAAAUCUGGAACAACUGCAGUCGCAGACCCACUUUACCAGACAAGAGCUACAGCUACUCUACAGAGGAUUCAAGAAUGAUUGUCCGAGUGGAGUCGUGAAUGAGGACACAUUUAAAAACAUCUAUGCUGUGUUCUUCCCAAUGGGAGAUGCAUCAAAUUAUGCAUAUUUUCUCUUUAAUGCAUUUGAUAAAGAUCAGAAUGGCUCUCUUAGUUUUGAGGAGUUAGUUUGUGAUCUCUCUGUUCUAUUAAGAGGCACAACUGAAGAGAAACUCAACUGGGCUUUCAAUUUGUAUGACAUCAACAAAGAUGGAAACAUUACCAAAGAGGAAAUGUUGGAUAUAUUAAAGUCUAUUUAUGAUUUGAUGGGAAAAUCUAUCCAUCCGCGGCUUAAAGAAGAUGCAAUACGGCAACACGUCAAGAUGUUCUUCCAAAAAAUGGAUAUAAACCAGGAUGGUGUAGUUACUAUUGAUGAAUUCAUUGACUGCUGCAAAAAAGAUGAAAGUAUCAUGCAAUCUCUUAAGAUUUUUGACAAUGCGGUCUGAAAAUCAGAAAGGAUUUCCACUACCAGCGCUGGAUAUCAUUGGAUAUCAAAACACUCAUUAGAUAUCAGCUGUUUGUCUUUUGUGAACUGAUUUUGGAUUUCGCAGUAUUGCUUCCACAGUACCCUUUCAAAAGGUACACCUUUGUACCCAAAGAGUGCAUAUUAGUAAUUCAAAGGUAAAUAUUAGCAGUUAAAAAAUACAUAAUUGUACCUAAAUGGUAAAUAAUAUGACCUUUUUUAAAGGGUACUACCCCAGUGACAGCUUUGUACCUUUAUUUUGACAGUGUAGCAAGUAUGCAGAACCAUAAGUGGUGCUAUACAGCUAAAGCACAACUAUAUGGUACCAUAUUAUACUACACUGUGCUAUAUAGCACUUAAAGUGGUUCCCUUAUGAAAACAGGCCAGUGAAUCAUUAUUUUAGAGUGUUAUAUUUAAUAAUCUAAUUUCAAAGGCCAAAUGAAAUUGAGAACUCAUUGGUGAAUAUAUAUUUGUUUGUAGAAGUUAAAAAGUUUAAGUGUAAAGGAACAAAUUUACAGUACAGUAUGUGCGGUGUUAGUGGUAGAACAGCAGCUGAUCUAUACAGUAACUAUUUUGUCCCAGUUCAGUGGUUGUAUCCUCCGAGAGCUGCAUUCCAAGACUGAAAGCUUCACUGUGGGACCAUGAAGGCCAUUCUAUUUUGAAGCCUAUAAAUGUGGCCUUGAAAUAUAUAAUUUUUUCCCAAAGGUCCCAUCCUAUAAUUUAUUAUGUGUUGAUGACAACUGGAUUUUCUAAAAACAUUUAUUGUAAGUAAAAGCAUGUAAGUGCAAUCUUGUAGAUCAUUGAUGUAAUAUUUGAAAUAUCAAAAGUAUGUAUUGUACAGAAAAGUGGUUCCUGUCAACCAUUUAUAUGAUCUUUUUAGAUGAAUAGCUAUUUCUCUGUUUGUUGGAUUUUACUUUUGUAUUUGUUUAAGGUUUGUUAAUUUGAUAUACUGUUGGGUAGUUUCA